AUGGAACCAAAGCUCCCCCAAGGUCUUGUGGCCAUGUCAAGUGUGUAUCCUAGUGGGAUCUUCGAGCAGGGGAAAUUAAGUAACGGUGAUUACAAGAACCUUUGGCAAGCCUACUCGACCUCGCACCUAGCUAGCAAAGAUGAGACCGAACGUCGCCUAGAGCAUCUCUUCUGGAGGAUAUGGGGUGCUGAGCAACUCUCGAGCGCUAUAAAUUCCCAUACCCUAGAUCGUCUUAUCCUACGCAUCAAGGCACCGGCAAUAUUACCUGUCGGACAAAGGGUCACCGUCUCACCGUUGCCUAGGAAUGGGGACAAAGAAGAAAAGGUAAACAAAAGUUUGUUCUACGCCGCACCAUUUCACCCCCAUAUUGACGAUUGGUGCAAGUUCAUGAAUAAGAAUCAUCCAGGCUGCGCAGCCGGAGCUUGUUCGCCUCAUUCAAUAUUGAAGAAAUCGCAUCCUUCAGAGGUUGAAACACAUACAACAACCCGCUUGCUACUUGAUACUCCCCUCGGUACAAAAAUAACACUUGACCCCUCCAUUUCUCCCACAGACAUGGCUACAAAGCCCACCCCUUCCCCAAAUCCGGAUAAAUCGGGCCAGCGUCGCAAGAAGACCUCGGCGGAUUCCGAUUCUACUCCCAUGCCAGGGAAGGCUAGCAAUCAGGGUGUCAAGAAGACAUCCAUAGCUGCUGAGCCUACCAUCAUUCCAGACAACAUGGGCCAGCAAGCUCCCAAGAAGACGUAUCUUACUGCGACACGAAACGGACGAGGCCCGCGUCGCCGGCCAGUCUUCAACCGCCGCAAGUCCUCGCAGACAUCUCUUUCAAAGACACCACCCCCCAUGCGCCGGCGCUCCGAGCCAUCCACCAAGGCUGAUGGUGCCGACAUCCACUAUGAAGACAGCUAUGUUGAGCUGGGUCUAUUGCAGCAUCUCAGCUUUCGCGAUGAGGAAGACGAGAUCGCGCGUGAUUUGGGACGUGAGAUUGCACCUGAGCCAAAGCCCGUCAAACCAUCUGGUCCGCUAUUCGACGAUGAAUUCCUUGACGAGCCUUCUACUAUGGAGGCCGCGAAAGCAGCUCCGAAGACGGCUUCGGUUCCUUUUCCGCGAGCUUCUUCCCUCCGGCGCCCCAUGUUGAGCCCCGAGGACUUCUGCAAGAUUACGCCAUCGUUCGGUGUUAUUGAGAGCCACCUCGAUAUGCCUGGUGGACCGGAGUUUGCCGCAUCUGAGGAUGUUGAAGGGGACUGGACGGAUAUUGAUGCUAUUGAUUCGACACUUCCUGUCUCGCAGCCCUUCAAGAACUUAGUCUCGCAUUAUGAGACUGUUGAUCAAGACCCCCCGGAUGUACAGCCCAUUGCCCCCGUUGUUAAGAAGGCUUCAUUGCUAUCAUCUGCGAUGAAGAGAGUGAAGCUGUGA